UUGUGCUUGUAUUUAGUUCAGUGGCUCAGCUGCAGUGUGUGAGGAUGCUACCAAGGGCAUCUCCAGUGUCUCCCUUGCUGGGAGUGUGGGGUGGAAAUGUGUGGCCCAGGCUGCUGGUUGGAGUGGAGGGUCCCAGCCCCCUCAGUGGCUGGCAGGGGAUGGUUCUGGGCAGCUGUGACCUGACCCUGCUCUGUGCUGACCCCCAGGAGCACGUGAGGGUUCCAGCACCUCUCUCAACUCUGCCAAGAUGCCAGUCAGGAAGCACAGCCAGCACAUGCAGUUAUUCAAGAACAAGGGCAAGGAUGAAACUACCCUGCGGAGGCAGAGGGUGGAGGUGAGCGUUGAGCUGAGAAAGGCCAAGAAGGAUGAGCAGAUCCUGAAGCGCAGAAACAUUUCCAUUAAUGUGAAGGAGGAGAAUCCCUCUCUGGGACAAGACAGAGCAGCUGAGGUGAUUAUUCAGCCCUCCUUGGAGGAGAUCCUGGAAGCCGUGAAUGCAGAAGACACCCAGCUGCAGCUGCUUGCCACCCAGGCUACCAGGAGACUUCUGUCCAAGCACAAGGACCCCCCCAUCAAUCAGAUCAUCGAGCUGGGGAUCAUCCCCAGGAUGGUGGAAUUCCUGGGCCAUGCUGACAAUGCUGCCCUGCAGUUUGAGGCAGCCUGGGCACUGACCAACAUUGCCUCUGGCACCUCGGAGCACACCAGGGCUGUGGUGGAGGGAGGGGCCAUCCCAGCCUUCAUCUCCCUGCUGUCCUCCCCCCACAUGCACAUCAGUGAGCAGGCGGUGUGGGCCCUGGGCAACAUUGCAGGGAGAACAGAAUGGGUCUUGCCUGGUUGGCCUGCUGGUGCUCCAGUCUUCCCAGUAAAUCCUUCCCACCUGGAAAUGCCUAGUGGUGUGUGGCUGGUGGGUCACCCAGCCCUGGCCCUGCAGAUUGGGUUCCUGAGGAACAUCACCUGGACACUGUCAAACCUGUGCAGGAACAAGAACCCCUGCCCUCCCUUGGAUGCUGUGCAGAAGAUUCUGCCAGUCCUUGUCAUCCUCCUGCAGCAUGAGGACAAGGAUGUGAUCUCUGACUCCUGCUGGGCUGUUUCCUACCUGACUGAUGGCUGCAAUGAUCGCAUCCAAGUUGUGGUGGAGACAGGGAUUCUCCCAAGGCUUGUGGAACUCAUGGACAGCCCAGAUUUGAUUGUUAUGACUCCAGCUCUCCGUGCCAUUGGGAAUGUGGUCACAGGCACAGACCAGCAGACCCAGGAAGCCAUUAAUGCUGGUGUCCUGACUGUCCUGCCCCGGCUGCUGAGGCACAGCAAGCCGGUGAUCCAGAAGGAAGCAGCAUGGACCCUCAGCAACAUUGCAGCAGGGCCUUCCCACCAGGUCCAACAGAUCAUCACCUGUGGGUUAUUGCCACCUUUGGUGGAGGUGCUUGACAAGGGUGAUUUCAAGGCUCAGAAGGAGGCUGUGUGGGUAGUGGCCAACUUUACAACUGGAGCAACAGUGGAUCAGGUGGUGGAGCUCGUCCGUUCUGGGGUCCUCAAACCUCUGCUCAACCUGCUUUUGGUCAAAGACAGCAAAACCAUCCUGAUCAUCCUGGACACCAUUUCAAAUCUCUUCCUGGCAGCUGAGAAGCUGGGAGAGACAGAGAAGUUGUGCCUGCUGGUGGAAGAACUCGAUGGUCUGGAGAAAAUUGAGGACUUGCAGAACCAUGAGAAUGACAUGGUCUACAGAGCUGCCCUGGACAUCAUAGAGAAAUACUUUGCUGGUGAGGAGAAUAUAAGCCUGGAGCCCCAGACUGGCCAAGAUGGGCUCUAUGAUUUCUCAGUAGAGAAGCAAGACUUCAACUUCUGAAGAUGAAGCAUGACACAGCUCUAAACUGGUGGGUGGAGGUACCUUGGAAGAGCUCAGACAUCCAAACCAUGAGGAGCAGGGAUGCUGAGCCUUUUUACUUCUGAAACUUGUCAAUAAAUUGCAUUUUUGGCUUUGUA